AACACAGCCUCAUCGCGAGUGCGCGGAGAUUCCAUAGAAUAAAACAGACCAACGAGGCACUUCAAACCGUUUCAUCUGAACACAACGAGCAGACGUUAGUAUUUUCAAGACUUACACUUUAUUUUACCACGAUGUUCUGUUCUUAAACAGCAUUUGGUUAUGCAUUUUGUUCGGUGACUUCCACUUUCUUUACAACUUUGUGAGAGAGCAAGUUUGAUGUGAAGACUUGGAUGUCACACUUUUUGCGAAUCUUUUUUACCAUAUCAACAUGUGGCAUGGGUUUUUUGGGCUGGAUCCCAUACGAGCGUCCUGGAAGAAGACCUGGAGAGGAGAUCAUGAUUCACACUAACUGCAUGAAGAAUUUCCUUGUGUUAAAAUGAAUGAUAAACCCAACAAAUGGAUUUUCAUCCCAAUUUUAGCCAUUCUUUUUGUCAUGAUUGGGUACCAGUAUAUUUGUCCGGCAGGCGGUCAGGCUUGCCAUUUUAGGACAGGAGACACACUCGUUAGGAUCGGUCCCCCGUCCACUCCAGACCCGACCACCGAUGACCUGGAGGAAGACAGCCCACCUAAAUGUGCGUCCAAAUUUAACUUCACGGAGCGCGAUCUGACACGCGAUGUCGAUUUCAACAUCAGGGGAGAUGAUGUGAUUGUGUUUCUGCACAUUCAGAAGACAGGCGGGACCACCUUUGGCAGGCACCUGGUCAGGAAUAUUCGCUUGGAGCAGCCGUGCGACUGCAAAGCGGGACAGAAGAAAUGCACGUGCCACCGACCCGGUAAGCAGGAGUCCUGGCUCUUCUCGAGGUUCUCCACGGGCUGGAGUUGCGGUUUGCAUGCGGACUGGACGGAACUGACCAACUGCGUGCCUGUGAUAAUGGACAAAAGGCAGUCUCCAAAGCGCAAGAGGAACUUCUACUACAUCACCAUGCUGCGAGACCCUGUGUCACGUUACCUGAGCGAAUGGAAGCACGUGCAGCGUGGUGCCACCUGGAAGACUUCUCUUCACAUGUGUGACGGCCGGUCGCCCACACAGGACGAGCUGCCCACCUGCUAUAACGGAGACGACUGGUCGGGGGUCACACUGCACGAGUUCAUGGACUGCCCUUCAAACCUGGCCAACAACCGGCAGGUACGCAUGCUGGCCGAUCUCAGCCUGGUGGGCUGCUACAACCUCUCCACCAUGAACGAGAGCGAACGCAACCCCAUUCUCUUGGCCAGCGCGAAGAGUAACCUGAAGAACAUGGCCUUCUAUGGCCUGACGGAGUUCCAGCGCAAGACGCAGUACCUGUUCGAGCGCACUUUCCAUCUGCGGUUCAUUUCCGCCUUCACGCAGAUCAACAGCACGCGUGCCGCCAAUGUGGAGCUGCGUGACGACAUGCGCAGACGCAUUGAGCAACUGAAUUUCCUGGAUAUGCAGUUGUACGAGUUCGCUAAGGAACUUUUCCUGCAGAGAUACCAGUUCAUCCGCCAGCGUGAGCGGCAGGAGGAGAGAUUGAAGAGGCGAGAAGAGAGACGCUGGCUCAGAGAGCGCAGAGUCAACCAGAACAAACAGCCUAGUGUGGAAAACCAACCUCAGGUCACCACAACUGAGGACUAUACCAGCCAAGUGGUCCAUUGGUGAUACCUCUUGGAAACAUGCACUAGGACACAGAGAACGGAAUGGAUCACUUGAAGAAGAGUAGGUCACAUUUUGGGCUCUGUCUUUCAGUUUAUCACUCUUUAUCACGGAGUUUAAAAAAAAAAAAAAUUACACGAAAGCCUGUUGCACUGCAAAAAAAAAAAAAAAAAAAAUCAUUGUCUUGAACAGUAUUUGUUUUAAACUUAUUUUCCAGGAUUUAAAAAAAAAUAAAUUACAUAAGAAGCUACAUUUUAAUUCAUUUAGACUUAUUUAAAAAAAUAAAUACAUUUUGAAUUAUAUUUAUUUUACUUGCCAUUCUUUUUUUAGUUUUAAAUAUUAAAACAUAGUUUUACUGCUUAAAUCAACACACACACACACACACACACACAAAAUUAAACUUGAGAAGUUACCUCAAAGGUGAGAAAAACAGACUUGUUGAUUGAAGAUACAAUAACUGUUCAAAAUUUUGGGUUGGUACUUUUUUUUUAAAAUUUUUAUGUUUUUUAAAGGCUGUCAUCAAUCAAUUUGUUCAAAACUACAGUAAAAUAAAAUUGCAAUUUAAAAUAACUGUUUUCUAUUAAAUGUAUUCCUGUAAAAGCUGAGUUUCAACAGCCAUUACUCCAUUCUAAUAGGCUGAUAUGGUGCUUAAGAAACAUUUCGUAUAAUUAUCAAUGUUGAAAACAAUUGUGCUGCUUAAUAUUUUUGUGUAAACUGAUAUUUUUUUCAGAAUUCUUUGAUUUAUAUAAAGUUAAAAAGAACAGCAUUUAUUUGAAAUAGACAUUUUUGUAACAUUAUAAAUGUCUUGUCUUGUCACUUUCAUUGCUGAAUAAAAGUAUUAAUUUCUUAAAACUUGCUGACCCCAAACAUUUGAACAGUGGUGAAUAUUCUCUGAGAAGUGUUAAUAUUUUGCUUUGCACAAAACUUAUAGAUUAGAUUCAGCUUUGUCAUUGUGCACAGUGCAAGUACAGAUCCAGCUUUUCAGUGAUUAACAUUUUUACAUUACAUUUACUCAUUUAGCACUCAGAUUUAGUUUUUCAAUAUUUUUACUGUAAAACAUGGCAAAAAUACUGAUUAAGAAAAUGAUUUUUGCAGUGUGGUUUAUUCAAGAUUUCUGCUGAUUCAUUUGCGAUGAAAUAAAGGCUGCAAUGUAUAUAGACUGAAAAAGGAGGAUCUGUGCUCAUUCGCCAAGCAACCUCCAACAUCUUUGUGAAGGAUCAACAAACCCUACACCACAGAGUUAUACAGAGGUACAGCCCUGGAAAUGUAAAGGAUGUACACUCAAGAUGUGUUUUGCAUUUAAAAUCAGCUAGGCAGUGAAUGGAGUAAAAUGCUGACAAGUUUUUAAUGCUCAGGCCUGUUGCCAGUAAAGAUUCUCAGUAGACACUCUCUCUGAGCUCUCUCUCUCUCUCUCUCUCUCUCUCUCUCUUUUAAAAAAGAAGCAAGCUUGCAGCAUGGAGACAGUUUGUACUGAGAAUGUCUAGUCUCUAGUAGUUUCUCAAUGAUAUGUUGUACAAAAUUCAGGGUUAGCAGAUUCCAUCACAACAAGAGCCUCAUCUGUGACACAGUAGCAGAGAAAUUUUACAGUUGCUACUGUAAACACUAUAUGAUAUUUAAAAUGUUUUUUCUUCGUUGUUUUUGUCAAGUAUUAUUUAUUGGAGUACGAGUUGCACAAGAUGAACAUUUAAAAAAUGAAAUAAAAUGCAAUGCAAAUAAAAGUUUAAACAAAACAAACAAAACCCAUACAGCUCACUAAGCCAUAAUUUAAUGAGUUAAAACACAAUGCUUAUGAUUUGAGAGAUUAUGUAUAUAAUGAAUGCAAAAAAAAAAAAAAAAAAGUUAAAAAUAGCACAGUUGGAAUGUGAAAAUACUUCAUGUUUGUACGCCCCCUAAAGGUGAAAGAAAAUUCACAUCACAAAAAAAAAAAUUAAUAAUAAAAAAUAAAAAAUUGAGAGACAAAAGAUUGCACACAGUUGUUCAAAGUCCAGUUGCUUGUCUUAUUAGUUCACAUUUGACCUGCAGUGGAACUGUAUAAAGACUUUAGGAAUAUUUGUACACCGGAUGAAUCCAAUGCGAAAUGCAUUAAGCAGCAAGAGAAGUAUGUGUUUAUUUCAGGAAGAUUGAAUGAAUGGGUGAGUAUUUUGUUUCUUCCCCAGAGCUGUUUCACACAUUUCUGUAGUUCGUCCACAAUAAAAUUUUCUGAAGCCAGAACUUCCAAGUCACAGGGAAUGAAACUCUUGUGGUCUUUACAUCCUUGAACCAUUGGCGGUUUAAAAGAAAACCUUUGUGAAAACCUUGCUUUGUGGCACCUUUUAAAAACUAGAUCCACAGAUGCUGUGUGAAAAUGAAUAAAAGAUAUGAACCCUGCUGAUGCAAAUCACAUCCAGAAAAUAAUGGGUGAUUUUUCUAUCUCUAAAAGCAAAUAAACUAUCUGUAUUGCUCAUUGUGGUUAUGGAGAACAUUGGAAUGCUACAUUUAAAGAUCAAAUUUUUGGAAUGCAGUACCAGAAAUGUAUGAUUGUAGACCAAAAAAGACUAUAGAAGUUUACUGUUUUGUUUUCUUUGUAUGUUGUUUCAAAUGUUUUAACUUGAAUCUGUGCUGCUAUGUUUUUUUUAUUUUUUUAACUUGAGCCUUUUUUGUGUGAGGCCAGAAGGCCUGCGGUUAUGUACCAAUGCAAGUUUGUGUGUAUCUGUGUGCGUGUGUGUGUUCUGAAAUGAAUAUAAGUGUUGCAAUGUGUUUUAAUUACUUUGUUCACUUAAAUGCAAUAUGAUAUUAAAAUAACCCCUUAUGGGAAAUACAAAUGUU